AUGGACGAAGAAGUGGAUUUUGAGAGUUUCUUGACAACAUCGUGGGAACUGUUGUCCGAUGCUCCUGGACUUGACACCUACGAAGCUGAUGCGUACCUUCAUGUCUCUGGCGAGGCUGAUGAGGCAUUCUUCGAGAGAUCACUCGAAACCUGGAACAAUGGACCUUCGACUCGUGGUCUCUCUGAGUCCGAUGAUGUUGAUCCCCAGCUGCUUUCUUAUGAUGGAGCGGGGAUGCACAUCCCUAUUCCAGCUGUUCGGACCCAGGAUAGUGAGCCACCUGCCCAUCACAAGCUGGACUCGAUUCAACCUGCCCAAGAGCACACUCUGAUGACUCAGGGAGCGUCGUUUUCCCCAGACGUAUCUGCAACUCAAUCGCCUGGCACUGAUGGGGACACGUCCAGUGCCUCCCAUGACACUGGCGGCUCCGCCAAACGAAAGUUUGAGGAACUGCCUAUGCCGCAGUUAGGGAGGGAUGAGUAUGUUGUUGGAAACGUCUUCUAUUGCCCCGGGUCGGAGUGGUAUCCGGACGAUGACAAGGGCUGCGACAAUGGCUUCCCCUCGGCACGAGACAGGAAGUAA